GGCAGCCAAGGCAAUCAAGCAUCCAAUCAAGAUGGUGCACUGACAAGGUAGGAGACAGGCUUAAUUUAUAGAGAGAGACAGAGAGGCAAGGGGAGCUUCUGGACGAACAGAGAGAGAGAGAAGAGGACAGAGGGUUCAUAGGAGGAAGAAGACAGAGGGUUCAUUGGCGGCUGACUUCGCUCGGAAUCUCUUACCUCCUCCGGAGAGACCAAAGUCUUCUUGGAUUUUCAGGUGAGGAAUGAAGCUUCCAUAUGAAUUCCCAUGGAUUUCCCGGCGCUGAUCCAGUCCUAGUUGUGCUCUUCUCCUGGCCAAAUAAUUCUGCUUUGUUGAUUUGGGACGUUAAUGGCUCAUCUGCGCUCUCUUCCCGCGACAAAGAGAAUUUGCACAUUUCUUGUGUCGUCUUUCAUGUGCUCUUUUGGUUUCUGCGUUCUCAUUUUGUCCUGCUUAUGGGAAGGAAAAUUUUGGUACUAGCUUAUUUUUUUCAGAAAGGGGAUAGCCCCGGCCGAGUUUUGGUAGCUUAAAUCUUCCCUGGCAGAAGAAGAUUAGUCAAGUUUGGAACUGGGUUUUAUAUUUUCUAAUGAGAUAACAUAUUUGCAUCUAUCUAUUUGUUCCAAGUGAAAAUUUAUUAAUUUCGCCCAAUUUAUUAUAGCAAACAAUAGGAGCAUUUAUACAAUAACAAACGAGAGUGGCUUUUCAGCUCUCGGGUGCCUAGGCGCCCUUUAUGAAUAGUAAAAUCAUUUUUUAUUGUUCAUAGAGGGCGCCUAGGUACCCAGGAGCUGUUACACCUUUCUCAUAACAAAACUAGCUGAUGCCAAAAUAUACUUUGUUUUUGUUUAUCUCUGAAAUAUGAAGCAAAUUAUCGUUACCUCUGAAAUAUGAGCGGCUACUGUUGAAGGGGCUAAAUCAUCUGGGAAAAUUCUUAUGUCCCUUAUGUACAUUCUCCUAGAAUAUUUUCUUAGGUCAAUCUGGAUCAUUCUAUUGACAGACUCGUACUCCCAAGUCAAAUAAUGCUUUGGUUUUCUUGCAUAAAUGAUGUCUACUGGAGACGAUUAGACUUUUUGCACCCAAAUUUCUGAACAGAUUUUCAUUUUGGAUAUUGAAAUUUGAAAUACAUCGUUUGUCAGGACGUGGGACUUGUAUUGUGCUUGAUGGAUAUUUAAGCUGCAGGGUUGGAUUGGAGCAAGCUUUCCAUCUUAAUUCUCAUUUUCUAAGGCACAAUGGGCACACAGAGUGUGAUUUCUGUGGAACAUUUCAUUGCUCCUGACAUCAGGGCUCACACCUGCAAUGCUCCACAACCUUCAGUCCAUCAAAUGUUCAAUGCUAAAUCUGAUAUUUACAGCUCGGUAGAUGAUGUUUGUCACGUCUCGUAUGCUGACUUGCCAGGCCCAAUCUCAUCGAGCUCUUCCACAUUCUGUGCAAGCAUGUACUCAUCCUCGUCGACGAAUUCCAAAUUAUACCGGCAAAUCAGCGGUCCGCCUUUCCUGCCUCAUCCUCCUAAAUGUGACCAGCAGCAGUUUUCAGCUGUGCAAUCAUCGGUUUCUGCUCUGUUGUUUGCUUCUGAUCCCAGCAAUGGUGGUCAAGGUCAUGAUGAACAUUCACAUGAUCUCAAGGACUUCCUUAACCUAUGUGGAAACCCUUCUGACAGUAGCUUCCAUCGAGGAGGCAGUGCCAUGGCUUUCAGUGAGCAGCUGGAGUUUCAGUUCUUGUCUGAACAACUUGGGAUUACCCUCACCGACAACGAGGAGUGCCCUCGGUUAGAUGACAUAUAUGGCAUACCGCCGCAAUGCUCGCCUAUUCUAGUAUCGCCUUGCUCUGACCCUGAGGGUCUGCACAGUGGGGGUUCUCCGGCUGAAGUCCGCUUGAGUUCAUCGCCUUCUUCAUCUGGAGAAACAGCAUGUAACAAAACGAGAAUGAGAUGGUCACUUGAACUCCAUGAGCGUUUUGUGGAGGCUCUGAAAAAGCUCGGAGGACCAGAAAAGGCAACUCCAAAGGGUGUGCUGAAUCUUAUGAAGGUAGAAGGCUUGACAAUCUUUCACGUAAAGAGCCACUUGCAGAACUAUCGACAUGUGAAGUAUAUUCCAGAGAAAAAAGAAGUGAAGAGACCCUGUUCAGAAGAUAACAAGGCAAAAUCAGCAUCUGGAAUUGAUUCUGGCAAAAAGAAGAGUUUUCAAAUGGCGGAAACUCUACGGGUGCAAAUGGAGGUUCAGAAACAGCUCCAUGAGCAACUGGAGGUGCAAAGGAAAUUACAGCUGCGCAUAGAGGAGCACGCAAGAUAUUUGCAGCAGAUACUAGAACAACAGAAGGACAGAAAAUCUCCAGUACCGAAACCGAAGGAGGAAACAGAGGUGAACACCACUUCAGCUCCGUCGCUGAAGCGUAAAAUUUCAGACACUGAAAUAGAACACAACUCGCAGAUGGAUAGCAGAUGGCCAGAGCUACAACUUAAUCUUGAAAGUGAACCGUGAUGAACAAUCAUGGUGCAUGCUUUGACCCUCUUGCCAUGUAGAGUUCUAGCUAGUGUUUGCAAUAGCAUAUAUCAUGUUUUUGUUGGAUAUACCUUAUGACAAGGUCCAUCCAUUACUGCUGAAAUAGGUUCUAGCUAAGCCAUUGUAUAUAAUUAGUUCUGCUGCUUGUUUCCAUGAAGAAGAAAAAAAGAUAUUCUCAUAUGUAAUUAAACUAGCAUUGUAUUUGAAACAUUGGUGUCGCAUUGCUCCCUGUUCAUGCUCGUGAAUGUCUUACGCAUGCAAGAUAAACUGAAUUAAGUCAAAGUUUGAGGUUGAGAUGUGAACCCUACAUAUGGGGUUAACGUGGAUUUCUCUCUGAAAUACAACUCUUUAGUCCAGGACGGGGCCAGGAUUUGAAAACGGGGGAGAGGGCACGAUAGAUAAGAAGAUAUUUGUAGCAAUCUUAGUAUAAAAAUACGCUUAGUUCCUAUAAUUCAAUAUAGUAUUGCAAUACAA